AUGUUGGUCACCAAACUCGUCGUCACUUUACUCUCAGCUGUCUCUGGAGCUAUGGCUGUCGUCGUUCCGAUGGUUGCUCCAGUUGAUAAUCCUCCUGAAAUCGACAAACGUGAGGCUCAAUGGGAUAAAGGCUCAACCAAGGAAUGGAGAGUCGCCUGCCCUAGUCCACGUAUCUGGCAAUGGAGAGGCAAUCUCGUCAACUGGCAAUGGUGCCAGGAUCAUUGUGCAUGCCGCACCAAGUUCGUCAAGGUCUGGGGCAUAUGCAAGUAUGAGAAGUUUUUGGAAUGCUACCACAACUACUGCGAAUGCUAUCACCGCAUCGGCCACGUUCCUCCUUAG